AUGGACGCGCUCCGCUCGGCGAUACAACCCAUCACGCACAAUUUGCCCGGACCGAUCCGCGACCUCGGCGAGUCCAUCAUCGGCGAUACGUGCUACAAGACGCUGCUGCUCGACGUCGACCUCGAGAACACGGCCUGCCUCAAGCUGGCCAUCAGCAAGGCGCUCGGCAUCGGCAUCGUCGGCGCGUCCUCGGUCGUCAAGGUGCCGCAGAUCGUCAAACUCGUGCGGUCGCAGUCGGCCGACGGCGUCUCGUUCCUCUCGUACCUGCUCGAGACCAGCAGCUACCUCAUCUCGCUCGCCUACAACGUCCGCAACGCGUUCCCCUUCAGCACCUACGGCGAGACGGCGCUCGUGCUGGGCCAGAAUGUUAUCAUCACGGUGCUCGUGCUCAACUACAGCGGCCGCGCCAGCAUGGCGGCCUUGUUCGUCGCCGCGCUCGCGUCCAGCAUCGUGACGCUGUUCAGCGAGAGCAUUCUGGAUAUGCAGAAGCUGCGGUACCUGCAGGCUGGAGCGGGCGCGCUUGGCGUCGCGAGCAAGGUGCCGCAGAUUCUGGCGAUCUGGCAGCAGGGCGGCACGGGGCAGUUGAGCGCGUAUACGGUCUUCAACUACCUCCUUGGCUCGCUCACGCGUAUCUUCACAACCCUGCAAGAGGUGGACGACAAGCUGAUCCUGUAUGGAUUCGUCGCUGGGUUCGCGCUCAACCUGGUUCUGGCGCUGCAGAUGGUCUACUACUGGAACGCCCCGUCGGCCAAGGCGAAGGGCAAGCAGAAGGAGGCUCCGGUUCAAGCGGCGUCUUCAUCUGCCACGACGACUGCAACACCAAAAAAAGGGCCGACGACCCGUCGCCGAGGAUAG